CUUCCGGUGCAUGUGGAACCCUCCAGCGGUCCCUGACCAGUUCCUCCGCCUGCCUGAAGAAAGAUGGCCCAACGCCUGUUCUUGAAGCGAGUUGUUGUUCCGUCUGUGAAAAGCCUAAUCGCUCCAGCACCCUCUCUCUCCACUUGCCUCUCAAAUGGCAUACGAUCACAUGGACUCAAGACCCUGACCUCCUCUAGACUACAUCCCCACUGUAACUUGAGGCCCAUCUCCACCUCUACUCCAUGCAGAGUUACAUUCAACGUCCAGGAUGCAGAUGACUUUCAAGAGCGUGUUGUUGGCAGUGAGACACCUGUGGUGGUGGAUUUCCAUGCACAGUGGUGUGGGCCAUGCAAAAUUCUAGCUCCCCGAUUGGAGAAGGUUGUUGCUAAGCAACAAGGAAAAGUUGUGAUGGCAAAAGUGGAUAUAGAUGACCAUACUGACCUUGCUCUUGAAUUUGAGGUCUCUGCUGUGCCCACGGUCCUGGCCAUAAAAAAUGGAGAUGUUGUGGAUAAGUUUGUGGGACUGAAGGAUGAAGAUCAGCUUGACGCUUUCCUGAAGAAACUCAUUGGACCAUAGUCAGAGCCUCUCUGUCUUUAUCUGAAACUGUGAUCCCAAGGCUGGCGAGUUCAACUCCUGGCUGCCUACCUAAGUUCAGCCUCUACCUUGUUACCUCUUGUCUGCAAUGAAUGCUUUGCAAUAUUUUGUGUAAUGAAGGGAGAAGGAUAAGUUUGUCAUUUUCUUGAAUGGACAUGGCUUUUGUGCUUACAUUAAUAGCACUUCUGCCCUAUCCCACUCCUGCUUUAUAAUUUCUUUUCUCCCGGUUACUGUGAACCCAAAUGUAUUUAAUAUAGGAGAAAUAUGUCACUAUGGCUUCCUAAUAUCUACUUUUAUGUGUUUGUUUUGUUUGAAUUCUUGGAUUUUAGGUACAAGUCACUUCUUUGAACUCACUGGAAGUCCAUUUACUGUAUCCUGUUGAAGAGUGGGUCAGAAAAGAUAUUAACCCGCACCUGACACCAUUUACAACCCAACCAACUAAAAGUGUCAGAUUUUUUUUUAUAUCAAUCUCAAACUCUGUGGCUGUGUCACCAAGGGAAAGGUGACAAGUGGUUUAAGGCUUUACUGGAAUCUGGACUCUCCCUGUACCAUAACCUGCAGAAGUGACACUUGCUUUGCCACUCAAUACGCCCAACUCGAGAUCACUACCCUGCCCAAACUCUUCAGAGGCACUUUCUACCAACUAUGCAGGAUAGUAAUGUUACUGUGAUGCAUUGAGUAUAUAGCCAAUAUAUAUAUACACAUAUGAUUUUAAUCUAAUAUUUAAGAAAUGAAUGUAUGUUCUUUCUUUGCAGAGAGUUUGCUUGGUGUGAACACAGAUAAAAUUAGCAAAUUAUAUUCUCAGUAAACCAAGUUAGGACUCCAGCAAAUGUAGAAAUAAAAAUGGAAAGAGUGGUCAGUUUUCACUCUGCCUCUCUAAUUA